AUGUGCUCUCCUGUGUUCUCUGUGCUCUCCUGUGCUCUCCUGUGCUCUCCUGUGCUCUCCUGUGUUCUCUGUGUUCUCCUGUACUCUCCCGUGCUCUCCCGUGCUCUCCUGUGCUCUCUGUGCUCUCCCGUGCUCUCCUGUGCUCUCUGUGCUCUCCUGUGCUCUCCCGUGCUCUCCUGUGCUCUCUGUGCUCUCCUGUGCUCUCCUGUGCUCUCCUGCGCUCUCCUGUGCUCUCCUGCACUCUCCUGCGCUCUCCUGUGUUCUCCUGUGCUCUGCUGUGUUCUCCUGUGCUCUCCCGUGCUCUCCUGUGCUCUCCCGUGCUCUCCUGUGCUCUCCUGCGCUCUCCUGCGCUCUCCUGUGUUCUCCUGUUCUCCCGUGCUCUCCUGUGCUCUCCUGUGUUCUCCUGUGCUCUCCUGUGUUCUCCUGUGUUCUCCUGCCAAGGCUCAGGCCCCACGCUCCCACACUCCAGAGACAUGA